AUGGGAGCCAACAAUAAGUUCAACUAUCAAAAAAUGAAGCGUGUUUUUGCAGCAGUGCUAGUUGCAGUAUUUGCGACUGGGGUGCAUUCGGCACCGCAGUUAAUUAGCUUUACGGAUGGUAAAUUGGGAGUCAACUUUGGAGGAUACCACGCUGCUGUUGGUAUAGGAGGAUUAUUGGGGAACGGAGCUAAUGGUGGGCUAUUUGCUGAAGCCGGUACUCCACAUGGCCAGUCUGCAAAAGCUGGAUUAGGCGGUGCCGUGGACGCUAACGGUGGAACAUCGGGUGGUCUUUAUGCCGGAGCCACAGCUGGCGGAAAUGUUCGAGCAGCUGCUGGUUUAGCUGGAGGUACCAAUGGAGGCACAUCAGCUGGAACUGGAUAUGCAUCAGCUCAAGCUGGAAAUCAUUUUUCUUCAACCAGCCUGAUUGGUAAAGUUGAUGGGUCUACAAAAAAAGGCACAUAUCAAAAUAUUCCAUUUGACUUAAAAACGGAAGAUACAAAUGAAUUGAAUCCACAAUUAGGAAAUUCAUUUGAUUUAAAACUACAAAAAUCUUCUGAAAAGACAAACAUUAAUCAAAUAAACACAAAUACAGAAAACCAAAAAACACUUGACGUAGAAGAAUCAGUUAAUGUUAAGGAAUUUAAUCAUUUCCAAAAAACUUCCUUCACUGGUGGAUCAACAAUUGAUAAUGGACACAUCGGACAUGAUAGUAAAACUGACGCACAGUCUAACAUCAAAUCGGUGGAUCAAAUUUCUUACAAAAAAGAUGUAACCGUUGGAAGAAACCCACACUUUUUUGAGGAUAUCUUCAAUAUACCUAUAGCAGCACUCACUGCUCUUCUAUACAUUCAGAUACCUAUUAAUACUCUUGGGGCCGUUAAUAAAUUUUUAGAAAACAAUGUUCCUUUAAGAAAAAGGGUAUCACUAGAAACUGGACAAGAACAAUUAAUAAGACCAGCUGGACCCCAUGCAAGAAGACGAGCUAUUAGAAAAGGUAUUAUCGAACAAAACAGUGAUAACUUGAAGUCUAAAACA